GUCAUUUCUUGCUCGUGGGUUUGGCCAGCAUCCAGCCGAUGCUCGCGAGCAACAGUGUUGUAUCGUCACACUAGGACUUCGUGGUUUCGAGGAGCAGUAGGAAAAAGUAACAAAACUGAUCAGCUGAUAUCAUCAUGGCGCCCAGAAAUUGUCGGACUGUUGCAAGAUAUGCUGCUGUGAUGUGUUUUCUCAGAAUCUUACGUGAAUGCAAGAGUAACAAAAAACGUUUGUGGGUUCGAGAGUGGCUCAAGAGAAGCGAAGCCAAAGGUCUGAGAGAUGUUGACUUCGGACUUGGCCCUUUUGGAAUAACCUACCUUCGAGCGCAGGUCAUUGAUUUCACGAGCCCUUUGGUCGUCGACUACGGCCGCAUCCUCGGCAGGAGAGGGGACACAGCAGUCGAUCCAUGGAGCUUUGCGAUGCCCCUGACAUACCCUGUGUGGGCUGGGGUUUAUGCGUCGUUUCUGCUUGUUCUGGCCUGCACUGCCUGGAUGGCCAAGUAUGAUUUGGACUCGGACUCCUCUGCAUAUAUCAAUGCAAUAUUUUUGCAAGAUUUAAAGCAGUCAUCGAGCAGUAACGGACAAAGAGUGAUGCUUGCUGCCUGGCUGAUGUUUGUCUUCAUUGUGAUGCAGUGCUACAGCUCCAACUUGAUGUCUCUGUUGGCUGUGCGUCACAUCACCGAACCUUAUCAGUCCGUUAGAGACAUGUUGGAUGAUCCCAAAGUGACGUCGAUCUGGUUCGCAAACACUGCAUACAUGCAGUAUUUGUCGGGUGUAGAUUCGGGGAUAUUCUACGAAGUGGUGCAGACGGGCAAGAAGGGGAGGAUGAAGCAGAUCACUCCUUCAGUGUACGAGACCACAGUGAACGACCUGGUCUCCAGGGGCGACCAUGUUAUGAUCAACCCUUUCCUCAUCAUGAAGAUGUUCCUUACGGAGGAUUAUAUGGACAGAGGAAACUGCAAGUUCUAUGUAUCUAAGGAGAGCUUUUUGCCACUGACGUUCUGUAUGGUGGUCCCUAAGCACAGCCCUCUCCUGGGACCUAUCAACGAAGGGAUAAGAGCCGUGGUUGAAGGCGGUGUGUACAACUAUUGGCUGGAUAAUGCUUUCGCAAACGCCAAGUCUUGCAGGAAUCCCCCUUCCAAGAUCACCGUUAAAGAGCCCUUGUCCCUGGCCAAUGUCUGGGGAAUGUUUGCUCUUCUUGCGGUCGGUUACGGCGUCGGUUUACUUGCCUUGGGUCUCGAGCUCUUGUCGGCAAGAUAUUCUCGUUGUUGUUCUGGACGCUGGUGGUGAUGUUCCGUGAACUGGAGACGAAUUUGGCAUUCGAAGAAUUUUGUAUGCCAGCAAUAAA